UGCAUACUUUUAAUUCCCAAAAUCAGAAGUGCUAAAAAAAAAAUUUCACUGUGUCAAGUUUUUAGUUAAAAAAUUAAGUUAUUAAUUUACCCCACUUUUCUAUGUAUUACCAAAGAUGUACCUUGGUUAUUCUCUGCUAAAGGUUGGUAGUGAUUAGGGUUACUUUAUCCUGUAUUGCAACAGUAGUGUCCAUGGACUGUUUUACGUUUUGUAAAAGGAGGGAAAAAAAUAGGAGAGGUGAUAUGACUAAAUUAUAUGACUUACUGUUGGUUGGUUGGUUUGUUUUAAAUUGUAAUCUUAUAAAACCUGUUCAAUUAUAUUACCCUGUAGAGAGUUUCACCAUACUUUCCUCAGCUGCUCCAAUCAUAGAGGGUAGAAAUAUAAAUUUUCUGGUGAAUAACUCACAGUUCAGGUCUUUGAUUAGUUAGCUUAAAAUCAGGAGGCUUUAAGUACUCUUGAUAUGUUAUAAGUGUAAUGUACUGUCAGAUGAGCUUUUCAUCUGUUUUUUCCUUGUUCCAAUUUUGUGUGUAGUUGUACAUCUGAGCCUUGAGCUCACUUGAAAAGCAGGUAUGCAAGUCAGAAGGGCUUUUAUAAAAUUUGUGAUCAUAUUAGGGGAGUGUUCAUCCAUUAGCAAGGAAGCUACUACUAAAAUAAUUUACCUUUUUUUGUUGUUUUCAAGAUAUAAGAGUAUGCAAUUGAAUUUUGAUUACUUAAUUUAAAGGUUCUUCUUACUGAAAAGGAGUAUAAUGUAGGAAUGUACUUGAAGAUCAGUGAUGGGAAAAACCUCACUGUCUUCAGUGUGCUUGUGGCAGGUAUAGAGAAAAAGCCAAAAGUUGCCUUGUAGUGUGUAUGUUCUUUAGAACCUGAUGGUGUUUGAAGUCUGAAUCUCUCUUUACUUACUGAGUAUUUUGUGCAUAGUUUUUGUGCUCAUAUAGCCUGGAACCCUGAGUACAUACCAGGAAAUACCUCGAGUCAGUAUUUUAUGUACUGGUUUGAAGAAAAACUUCCAGUGAUACAGACUCUAGUGUUGAAGUAGAGUUGAUGCAAAUGGAUAUGGAGAGCAACUUCUUAAUAAUUCAUAUUAAUAGAUUUAGUAACUUUGGAGAAAAUGUAGACACUUAGGAAUUUCCAAAACGCAGGUCUUGAAAUCUGCAUUACCUUAGGAUGCCAUGUUUUUGACAUGGUCUUCCAAAAGAAUGUGUGAAUAUAUUUCAGAGAGAAUCUGAGGAAAGCAGGGGAAUGGCACCUCAUACUUCUGCAGAUUAGAAUAGGCUUCAUUAUCUGACAGUAAUGAGAACCUAAUGAUUGUCAUGCUCAGGAAUGCAGAAACUUUUCAAUUUUGAGGUAUUUUUAGUUAGUUUCCUAAUUAUGUUAAAAUACAAUAAAUUGAAAUUGUAAAUUAUAUAAGUCUUAUGAUGAUCCAGUAUAAGAAUAAAGAUUAUAUAUUUCUAAGUGAAAGAGAGACUUUUCAGGAAUGAUGCAGUUUGAUGUGGGUUUAAAAAGAAAAUCAAGUUUGAUGCUCAGCUGUUUCACUUUAUGGAAAUAAAUAAGCAGAUUAACAUUUAUUUUAGAAAAGUUAUCUGAAGUAACAUAGCCUAAUAAUUUGAAGUAAUUUUUGUGAUUAUUUUUUUAGUAAACUUUUUAAGGACAAUUCUUUGUUCACACAUGAGUUGUAUUUUGCUGUAUGUUUCCAGUAUGGUGUUUUCUAGCCUAACUCCUUAAAGGUAUUCCUUAUUUCUAUUGCAGUGCAUUUCGGCAGCAUUGUUUAUAGUGUUUGUCUUGGUAAAUGAGUAUGCCUAGCAUAAAAGUGUGAAAAAGAUCAGAAAUAAAUAAAGACAGCAUAAUCAAACUUUUUUUUUUUUGUGUACUUUUGCAAACACUGCUUUGAGAUAGCUAUAUGAUUCCAAUCUACUGAAACAUAUCUGAAAUGUUGGAAUAUCCAAACUGGCUUUGCAGAAACUGAUAUAUAUAUUUAAAACUCAUAAUUUUUCACACAUCAGUGCUGGCCACCAUAAUAAUUAAUGUACCAUUGCAUGGCCUGCUUUUCAGGUUUUCAAGAAGUAGCCUGUAAAGUGAACUUUAAGCUCUAAUUAUCUUCACUAGUAAUUUCACAUUUUUAUGUGAUUGAGAAAAGUUGCUCUUCCUCCAAGUGAAGUGUGCAAAUUUAGUUUUCAUUACACAUAUAUUUUGCAUUUCAUUGCACAUAUUUUUAUGUGCAGCAGGGGAUGUGGUUUUUGCUCGGUAAUAAUCUGGUAGUUUUUGUCCAGAGACUUGGCCUGUAUUUUGUUAACUUGCAUAAUAUUCUGAAAUGCAGAAUUUGUGAUGAAAAUUCAUAAGUUUGAAUUUCAUUCAUUCACAUUAUUCUGUGCAUUAAGAUCUCAUUCUCUUGCUGGAUUUGAUUAAUCUCAUUUUCAGUCUGUGUGUUCCAGACUGACCAUGUUUCUGCACACAUAGUCACCAGGCUUUAGGAAUACAUUGGUAGAGUUCAAAUCUGUUUAUAGUUGCAAAUAUCUGCCAGAAGAAUUUCUAGAGUUAUCUCUUGUUAGGCUGUCUAAUUCACUGUACAGGCAGAUGGCACUGGAAGAGCACACUGGUGGGAGACUUCAGUCACGCUGUAAUUGAUGCAAAAUACUAGCAAAGCUGUUGCUGUGCUGAGGGUUGUGAAGAAGUUGUGUAAUUCAUUUUAAUAUAUUCCAGAAAGGGAUGUAUGCCUGGCCUCUUCUGCUCCAGCUCUAUUAGGUGAAGACUGCAAUGAAUUCUAUACUUGCAAGCAUACGAUUGUAUUGAGAUCUGUCUAUACAGCAUUUCUAAACAUAUUGAUAUGCAAUCCAGAAUUAAGUAUGUGCGAAGAAAGUACUCUUUAAGUAUGUGCAAAGAAAGAGGAGUAUUGGGAUCAGUUUGGGUAUUUGAAUUCAGGGGGUAUUUGUUUUCUCAUGUCCUGGAUAAAAUAUGUAUAGGAGGUGUCAUAGGGUGGGUGUCAUAUGGAUGACUUGUUUAGAGACUUGCUCUCAUGAUAUGAGUGUGUUUGGUUUACUUUGAAGAGCUUCGACCUAGAAUUUUUGUCUUCUCUUGCAUGAAUGAACUGGGCUUCUGGAUAGAUGCAUGUUGUUUAUGUGCUUUACAGUUGAUUAUCAAACCUUUCUUAUAUCUUGAUGUGAAUUUUUGCAAGAAUACAACUAAUAAACUAACCAUUUUAUAGAAUUCAGAAUAUACUGAGUUAGAAGGGACCCAUCAAGGUAAUUGAGUCCAGCUCCUGGCUCUCUGCAGGACACCCCAAGAAAUCACAUCAUAUGCUUAAGAGCAUUGUCCAGCCACUUCUUGAACUCUAUCAGGCUUUGCGCUCUGACCACUUCUUUGGAGGGCCUGUUCCAGUACCCAACCACCCUCAAUGCACAAAACCUUUUCCUGGUAUCCAACCUAAAUACCCCUUGAUUCAGUUUCAUGCUGUUUCCUUAAGUUCUGGGGCUGGUCAUAAGAGUGAUGAAAUUGUUAACUGCAAAUAGUGCCUUCUGCAAGGAGGGGGGAACAUUUCUGGAAAAGUGGAAAUAAUAUCUGCUUGUGGAUGUCAGAAGCAGUUGGAGAACAUGUGGAUUUCACAGGUGGAGCUAAUGUGAUAGUUCCCAGGCUUCUGGUUCUCCACACACAAAAGCAGAGUUAAUUUUAUCAAAUGAAUCAAUGCUCUGACUUUCUUAGUUUAGGAGAUGCAUGCAAUCCUGAAGUUGUAAUUUUCACUUAUUUUGUAGGUUAAUUGAGUUACAUAUGACAAAAAGUUCUGCAAAUUGGAAAGGUGGUAAAAUCCAAUUGAUUUAGGAUUAGAAAGUCAGUGACAUGUUGAGUCUCCUUUUAAUUGAUGUGUAAAUCUCCCUUUAUCUGCACUUGUAGGAAAGUAAACAUAGUGUUUUAACCUUUGAAAAUUCAUACUCAGGAUUGUGUUCACAUUGUGUAACUGGAGGAUGGUGUUUUAGGAUUUCAUGACUCCUGAUGCAACAGGUAUGUUAAAAGUGGAAAAUAACUAGUGAACAUAUCAUAAAAUACUAGCUCUGUUUUUUUUAAGUCUUAAUAUUAAUUUAUAGCAAGUAAUUGAUUCUUAGGCUUUUGUCUAAGAAGUGUUUUGGUCAUGUUUGUUCUUUGCUGUUAGAAAGUGAAUCAGUUUAGAGACUGGAGAAACCUUUUAGUUUCUCCCCAUUGAAAGAAAGUGUUAUUUAGUUUGGUAAUUAAGAAAAUGAAAUGGAAAGAUCUGAAAGUGCUCUUAAGAUGGACUUGGGAAAUAUCAGAGGUUAUGACAAGGACACAGAACCACUCUUUGAAAUAGGUUGAUGCAGAUAGGACUAGGGUACAAUCCAAGUAAGUCAAUCUUUACUACUUCUGCUUUUUAUGGAGCAGUGUCCACCCCUCCAGCAGCAAGGUUUUACUUAAAAUUUUUCCAAGUGUUUUGAAGUUAAGAAUCCGUAGAUGUUUCACAUUACCUUUUAGUUUGCUUUGGAUAUGAUCCUUCAGCUUUUGUGUACUUGAGGACCACAGUAGUUAGGCUGGACAACAGCAAUAGGCAGUGGACUGCUUUUUGGUUAUAUUAACCAUUGUCCUUCCAUGGUUUUAAGCAUUCAAAAACUGCAUAUUUAAGAAAACAACAUUGUUUAGUUAAUAAAACUUAUUUCAGUCCAUUGCACUGUUUUUCUCGGUUUGCUUAUAUUGUGAUGCUCUGGGAGAAAAGUGAGAAGUGCGUAUAUAAGGGCUGUUUUACUUUCCCCUCAGUCCACCAAGGUUGGAAGAUUUCUUGAAAGAUUCUUAGACUCCUUCAGCUUGCCAUGCUUAGCCUGGAGCCAGGCUUGCUGCUACAGGUUGUGCUGCUAACACCACACGUAUUUGGAGGAAAUGGCUCUUGAAGUUAAAUGAGGCUGGAUAGAACACAUAAAUGAAGCAGAAACUGCUCUUCGUGUGUUAGGGCUGUAUCACCACAAGCACUGCUGAUCACCCAGAUUUGGUAACUUGUCAUAAUGAAGAAAAUUAGUCUCAAAACAAUUCGCAAGUCCUUUAACUUAAAUAAAAGUAAAGAUGAAAGUGACUUUGUAAUGGUUCAGCAGCCAUCAUUAAGUGAAUUUGGAAAAGAUGACUCCUUGUUUGGCAGCUGCUAUGGUAAAGAUUUGGCUAGCUGUGAAGUCAAUAGUGAAGAUGAAAAAGGAGGCAAAAAUAGAUCAAAAAGUGAAAGUUUAAUGGGUACGUUAAAAAGGAGGCUUUCAGCAAAACAAAAACAGAAAGGCAAAGGCAGCACACCAUCUGUAAGCUCUGCAGAUGAUGACACAUUUUCUUCUUCAUCUGCUCCAAUAACCUUCAAAGAUGUGCGAGCUCAAAGACCUCUGAGAUCCACUUCCCUCCGUAAUCACCAUUACAGCCCUACUCCGUGGCCACUUCGACCUACAAAUUCAGAAGAGACUUGCAUCAAAAUGGAAGUGAAAGUCAAGGCCUUGGUCCAUUCCUCUAAUCCAAGCCCAGCACUGAAUGGUGUUCGAAAGGACUUCCAUGACUUGCAGUCAGAAAAUGUGUUCCAGGAACAAACCAAUGCAUUGAAAAAUACGGAAUCUCAGAACGGGGACUUGCAUCUUCAUAUUGAUGAACAUGUGCCUGUAGUUAUUGGAUUAAUGCCUCAGGACUACAUUCAGUAUACUGUGCCUUUAGAUGAGGGAAUGUAUCCUUUGGAAGGAUCACGUAGUUACUGUUUGGAUAGUUCCUCACCCAUGGAAGUUUCGACAGUUUCUUCUCAAGUGGGGGGAAAUGCUUUCCAUGAAGAUGAGAGCCAAGUGGAUCAGGAUGUAGUCGUUGCACCGGAUAUCUUUGUGGACCAGACGGUGAAUGGUUUGUUGAUUGGUACCACAGGAGUCAUGUUGCAAAGCCCAAGAGUUAAUCAUAGUGAUGUCCCUCCACUCUCACCUUUGCUACCUCCAAUGCAGAAUAAUCAAAUCCAAAGGAACUUCAAUGGAUUAAAUGGCACAGAUGCCCAUGUGGCUGAAAGUAUGCGCUGCCAUUUGAAUUUUGACCCUAACACUGCCCCGGGAGUUGGAAGAGUUUAUGACUCUGUACAGAACAGUGGUCCUAUGGUUGUGACAAGCCUCACAGAAGAACUGAAAAAACUUGCAAAACAAGGAUGGUACUGGGGCCCCAUUACACGCUGGGAGGCAGAGGGAAAAUUAGCUAAUGUGCCUGAUGGCUCAUUUCUCGUCCGAGAUAGUUCUGAUGAUCGUUAUCUUUUAAGUUUGAGUUUUCGUUCCCAUGGAAAAACUCUUCACACUAGAAUUGAACACUCAAAUGGUAGGUUUAGUUUUUAUGAACAGCCAGAUGUGGAGGGACAUACGUCUAUAGUUGAUUUAAUUGAACAUUCAAUCAGGGACUCUGAAAAUGGAGCUUUCUGCUAUUCGAGAUCCCGGCUGCCAGGAUCUGCAACUUACCCAGUGAGACUGACAAAUCCAGUGUCACGGUUUAUGCAGGUGCGCUCUUUACAGUACCUGUGUCGUUUUGUAAUACGUCAGUACACCAGAAUAGACCUGAUUCAAAAACUGCCUUUGCCAAACAAAAUGAAGGAUUAUUUACAGGAAAAGCACUACUGAAAGCUUACGGGAAUCUUGCAUCUUGCACUUUGGGAACAACAACAACAAAAAGAGAUUGAAUUACAGUUUACAGACUUUCAUUAUUAUCAAAAUCUUUUGCUGCCAUAAAAAUAUUUCAUUUUUGUCUGUAAAAGAAAAGUAAUGCAUUUGCAUUUAUGUUUGUUUUGGGGGGUUUUGUGUAUUUUGGGAGGCUUUUUUUUCUUGUUUUGUUUUGUUGGAAAGAAUGAUCUCAAGUUUUAUUUUUAGAAGUGUGAAAUAGCUAUCUUUCAUCAAUGUGCAGAUUAAUCACAAUGUGAAUGAUCAAAUUCUCCUUAAUUUCCCCCAAGUCCUUUGCUGCUAUCCACUGUGAUUUUUAUGCAUUGAAAGCACAUUUCAUGUGUAUUCAACGAUAAGUAAAAGUCAAAUGAAACUUGUUGAAUGGAUUUUUUUUUUUCCUUUAAAACAACCUCUGGAAAAAAUGAUCAUGGAUAAAUAGCAUAUUGGUAUUCUAAAUUACCAAUUUUACAUCUAAGUUAAAAACUGUUUCCUAGUGUCGUAAUUAGACAUUUCUGUAGAGAUAUGCCCCAAUGUAUAGACAAAGCUGUGUGAUAAGAGCAUGGUUAUGCGGCAUAUCUUUGGGAAAAAAAGAAACCUUCCUCCUAAGCCUUGUACUGUCUGUACACUCUUGUGUUUAAGGAGGUUGGUUCAGCCUUCUUCUCGUCUCAGUGUUUUGUCCUCUAAAAAUGGCCUUUGAAAAACAGUCUAUGAAAGUUAAUGUAUAGUACCUAAAAGAAAAUUGUGGUAUUGGGGUCUUGUAAAAUAUUACCUUUUAUAAUCAUGCCAUCAGUUAAUAAAUUAACAUCUACCAGGUCCCCUCUUUCUUUCCUUUUCCCUCCUGUCUAUUUUGGCAGAGUAAGGGAAGGAAGUUUCCUGGAUUUGUGGGAAGACUCUAGGAAUUGUUAUCAUGGGAACGUAAAUUUAUAAGCCGUUUUGGGGAUGAGAUAGAACUUCUAAUAGGAUCAUUUCUACCACAUUUAUGUUCAAGCUACUUGAAAUUUUAUCAUUUCUAGAAGGUUUUUCUACCUUUUUCUUUUACUUCAGAAACUACAGUAAUACACUAAUGUCUUUUGGAUAAUUUUCCCCCUUUUUUUAUAUCCUUUGAGGAGGAAGGAACAGGACUGAUAACAUUUUAUAUGGAAGAUGUUUAAAUACAUCUCUAAAAUGCUAUUCUCCUAGCCUUUCAAAUUAUUGGGAAGAGGUGUUUGGAUAUACAGUGACCGCAGAAUAUGUUUCAGUUUGCUGUCAUGAAAUAUGUUUUGACAUAUGAAAUAUUGAAUCAAUUAAGUAAGUGUUUAUGAUAUCUGUCAAAGAUUCUGGCAUUUUGAAAGCUUACAGUUAUUCUAACCUUCUGUAGGGAAAAAAAGACUUUCAGUGGGGAGUACAGGUUCUACACUGUAAUAUUUUCAUCAUGCAAGGUUAAUCCAUGGCAUUUUCCUGUUCUAUUUUAGUUUGGUUUUCUUUUCUCCAGUUUUUUAAUCACUUUUAUGAGUUACUUGCUACAGGGGUAGUAGCUGGCUUAGGAGGGACACCUGCCUCUGCCUUGCUGAGAGGCUUUGCUUUGCAUGCCUCUGCCCCUCUGUUUUGUCUUUCAAAAUGUCAUAUUCCCCAUCUCUGGUAGAAGUGGCUAAUGAGUAAAGAUCACCUUAGGAAAAAAGUCCAUCUUUGAUACAUCUUUCUUAUUUGGGUCAUUUUCUUCUUAUUAUUUAAUCUAGCAUUUCUGUCCCCUAAAAUGAGUCUUUAGGAGUGAAUACAGUAUUGCUGCAAGGUGGUGCAGUAGCACUACAUCUUGGGUUGCCUGAAUUGAUAGACAAAAUUUAUAUUUUUUUAAUUUAUUUUUUGACCAUAAUGUUUAACUAAAAAAUAAAAAAAAGAAAAUCAAAGGUAGAUAAAGACUGCCUUUGCUUUUAAGGGAGGGAGAAUAAGGAUUUCCUCUUUAGUCUGAUAAAGUUUUAAACUUUAAAAAGAAAAUAAUCUAGAGCAGUCUAUACAUGUGAUUUGUUGGCUCUGCCAUGGAAAUAUAUGUAUGAAAGGGAGUAUUCUGUUUUCUUUUUUUUUCUCUACUGACUUCUCUCCCUACCCAGUCAUAUCCCAUUCCCCCUCCCCUGAAUCAGGAUCACUAACUUUAUUCAAAAAGGCACAAUAACCUAUUGUAUGGUACAGUGUUCUGAUUCUGUCUGUGGAGAGGAAAAAGAAAAUCAUUUUUAUGGAUUUCGGAUGCAUACUUUUGGAAGAAAACCUCUGGCAUUUUCUUCACUUUAAAAAUUCUUUCCCCAUACUAGAGGGCCUAUGCAUUCUACAGAAUCUUUGAAAGAUUAUAGUAUAUAAAAUAUUUUCAUUGCCAUUUAAUACCACUAUUGAAUACAUUAAACAUAUGUUUAUAUUAUACCACAUGCAUUAAUUUAGCAGUCAUUGCAUUGAAACCUAAAUAUUUGAAGCUAUAAUAUGCUGGUCUUAUUGUGGAAUUGAAAAACGUGCAAGAACACACAUGAUAAAAUUCUUGCCCAUACCUUUAUAAAUUUCAGUUGUUCACUCAUAAAUGAUGCUUUUUAAAAUAAAAAAAAAUGUUUUAAAGCAGCUAUCCUGUUUUUGAAUUGCCUUCCUUGCUGUGUUGUUCAUCUGUGAACUUAAUCAGGUCAAGUUAACUUUGUCAUUUCCUCUGCCAUAAAGCUACCACAAAAGGAACACUUAAAAGUGGUUGAGGUCUAGGAUGUAAGAACCAUAGAGCAUUUGCUUCCAAAUAGAAAAUAGUGGUGAUAUUUCUACUAAGCUCCAAAUGCUUUAAAUCAGUAGUAAGUAGACACAGAUACUUAUUUUUACAGGUCUCUUUAAUCAGAACCUCACAGUACUUUUUCAUACUGAGGUGUCUGGCCAGCCAGGAGAAUGAACUUAGAAAAAAUACUUUGAAAAUAUUAAAGAUACUUACAAUUUCUUAUUAUAAAGAUUAAUAUAAAAGAAACACAUUAGCAUUUAGUUAUGAGUCAAUUUAGAAGCACUCAGAAUAACCACAAAACUUGUGUUGACUUCUGCUUCGUGAAAAUUAGAGGAACAAAGUGUCUUUGACAAAUAAAAGAAAGAUGAUGGAGGACAUUUUGGAGACCUUUGGAAGUAAAUACACUAGGAACAAAAGCUAACAGACUAUGGCUCUUAUAGAGUAGAAAUAUGGCUAUUUAUUCAGCACAACAGUUUAAGGAUUUAAAAGGUAUGCUUUUUAUGCAAUUGAAUUGAGGAAAAAUAGUUUUGAAAAUGAAACUUUAAAAUAAAACUCCUUUCAGUAUCUGAAAUUAUUGACAUUACUGAUAACUUUACCAAUUUGAAGAGUAAAACAACACCUUGUAUUUGGAAAUAAUAAAUCUGCACACACAAAAUUUCCUCUGUUUUUUUUUAAGUUUUGUUUUGUAAGCCAGUGUUAUAAACAACUGAAAGUGAUUUGUAUACUUUGAUCUGUUUGAAGGAUAUAGCACUUAUCCUGCUGUUGACAUAGUGAAUGCCAUCUUUUAUCAAAAUUUAAUUCUGUCAGAAGGAUCAGAAAUGCAAUUAUUAAUUAAACUUUUUGUUCUCAGAUGAGCUGACUUUGCAUUUUGUUAAAGCCAAUUUCUUUCUGUGAAUAUUGACUUCUGGGCUAAGUAAAAUCUGUGCAGUUUUUGUUUUGAUGCAUUUCAUCUGUCUGAAUAUUGGAAUUAUAUAUUUAAAAUGGCAUACCAGCAAUAUAUGGGCUAUGAUGAGAAGUAUUUCUCUGUUACUGAACUUUCAAAUUCUGAGCUAAGCUAUAGAUGAAUUAAUGAUUGCCAAUUUAACUUCUUUAAAUCUUUCUAUGACUGCAAAGAAGAAAAAUUACAGGCAUUCUUUAUAAAUAACAAAUGGCCUAGAUGGUAGUUCAUAAUGUGAAAAAUAUGACAUUGUUGUAUCUGGAAAGUGAUCUAAAUUCUACACAGAUAAUGAAAAAUUCGAAAUGAAUUUUUUAUGAAUACCUGUUGGGUUAAAGAAUUUUUAUAGUGAUGAUGGAGUGCCAUGAAGUUAAUACUUGCAAUUCAGAUUGCUGUGGUUUACACUUUUCUCUGUUUCAGACCUGGUGUGCACUGUUUGUACUAAGCGCGCCACAGAGUGAAUUAUCCAAAGUCCAUUGAUUUUAAUGUGUUUUGAUUUGUAAACAAAAUUAUAGUAAUUUCUUGCACAUUUUUGAAAAAUAAUUGUAUAAGGAAUUAUGUAUCUGCUUCUGGAUACAGUGUGUAAAUAAAAAUUUCAUUCACAAAAA